AGAGAGAUAGACUGCAUAUUUGGCAAGAAGGGGAGAGAGAGGAGCCUCCUCCUCCUCAUCAUGCAUCAGCACUAGUGCCACCAUUUCUUUGCCCCUCUCAAUCUUUCCGAGAGAGAGAGAGAGAGAGAGGGAGUCUUGACUCUUGAUUGGGGAAGGGGGAGAGAGAGAGAGCUGGAUCUCCGCGAGAUUUGGGACCCCUUUGCAGCAAAUUAUUGGUGGGGAGCAUAGCUAUCAAGCUAUAUGCAUAGGCUGUGUGGCUAAAGUGGGAGUCUUGGCUUCACCUUUUGCUAGAUUUGGGGUUAUUUCAAGUUAAAAUCUAGACGGUUUUCCUGUUUCUACUGCUUUUUACUUGGGGAGAUGUACUCUCUUCUCUGCCGAUGAAAUGAGGACAGAAAAUGUUCGUGGAUCUUGAGUAAUGCCUUCUAAUAAUGAUAAUGUUAUCGCAAGAAAUGGAGAAUCAUCCUGUCCAGUUCAUGGGCAAGGCCAACUAUGAUUUUCUCUCUGGGAAUGGCUACCCAAUUAAGCAGCUAGUUCAUAGGAACUCUGACGGAGACUCCUCACCGACAAAGUCUGGGCAGUCUCACCAAGAAGCAUCUGCAGCAAGUGACAGCAGUCUCAAUGGACAACACACCUCAGCACAAUCAGUGUUUGUCCCCUCAGAUAUUAACCACAAUGAUAGUUAUGAGAAGGGGGACCAUGGCACAAAGUCAGUAUUGUCCUUGGGGAACACAGAAGCUGCCUUUCCGCCUUCAAAGUUUGAUUACAACCAACCUUUUGCAUGUGUUUCUUAUCCAUAUGGUACCGAUCCAUAUUAUGGUGGAGUCUUAACAGGAUACACUUCACACGCAUUUGUUCAUCCUCAAAUUAGUGGUGCUGCAAACUCUAGGAUGCCAUUGCCUGUUGUUCCUUCUGCAGAAGAACCAAUAUUUGUCAAUGCAAAGCAAUACCAUGCGAUCCUUAGAAGAAGGCAAACACGUGCAAAAUUGGAGGCCCAAAAUAAGAUGGUGAAAGGUCGGAAGCCUUACCUUCAUGAAUCACGACACCGUCAUGCUAUGAAGCGAGCCCGUGGUUCAGGAGGUCGGUUCCUUACCAAAAAGGAGCUGCUGGAACUGCAGCAGCAGAAUCCACCACCGGUGUCACCUCAGGCUACAACAGGUGGAGGUAGAACCAGCGGCGGUGCGAUGAUUCUUGGCAAGAAUCUAUGCCCAGAGAACAGCACGUCCCGCUCGCCUUCGACACCGACAGGCUCCGAGAUCUCCAGCAUCUCGUUUGGGGGCAGCAUGCUGGCUCAUCACCAAGAGCACAUCAGCUUCUCAUCCGCUGAUCAUCGCCCCACCAUGAACCAGAACCACCAUGUCCCCAUCAUGAGGUGAAAACCUCAGGAUUGCGGGAGGCGGAUGGUGCUGGUACCCUCACUGGCGCGCUCCGGUGUGCCCGUGGCAAUUCAUCCUUGGCUUAUGAAGUAUAUAUAUCUGAUAAUAAUAUGCUCUCAUUUUAUAUGUAAUGCAACUGUAUAUGUGUCGGACGAACUCCCAAGUUUGUUUUAUUGUAAGUUGUAACUGAAAGAACUGUCGAGGUGUCGAGCUAUGGAUAAUUGAUAUGUUUUGAGCACAAAAAUUCUGAAGCUCCUGAUAUACCAAUUGCAGGAUGCUUUUGAUGUAUGCCUACCUCCAAGUCUGAUCUUAAAAAUCCUUAACUUGUGUAAUCAAUCAUGGUUUAUAGAACCUUGCUUCAUGCAAUCAAUCAUAGUUUUAUAGAACCUGCUUGUAAAUUGAUUUUAAAA